CUAGUGUAUAUGGAUAUAUAGUUCUUUCUUUUUAUCUAAUAUAUAAACUGUGUUAUCUGCUUUGUGAAUUAUUUCUCUAGUCUUCAAAAAAGUCUUUUAUGAUCGAGAAAGGGUUAUUGCCAAAGAACAGACUCCACAUUAAUGUUCAAUCUCCGGUAAAAUAACUCAUAGUAAUAUGUUAGUCUGAUUCUGGUACAACCCCCCCCCGCCUCCCAAAAGUAAUAAUCUGUUCAAAGAGAAAAGGGUGCUGCUUAUUAUGUCCCGCCCUUGCUAAUUAUAUUUGUUUGCCAUGUCAUGUCCUUUCUAUUACGACCUUUGAGAAAAACAAUUCUUUAUACGAGUCAACAAGUUACAAAGAGACAUGCACAUAAAAAAGCAAACAUUGAGGUUCGAUUGAAUGAGUAUAUUGAAAAUCUCGGACUUAAAGAUGAAAUUGUUUCUGUUAGACCUGGAUUGAUGCGUAAUAUUUUGUAUCCUGCUGGUAAAGCAGAGUAUAUCAAUAAAGAUCAAUUAUUAACAAAAGACGACAUGAAUGAAGAUCAAGAUAAAAUGACAGAACAACAAGAAAAAUUAAAGUUACAAUUGAAUAAAUUGAAUAUGAAAAAGAAUGAAUUAUUAGAUAAUUUAGAACAAAUCCAGGAAUUAGAAUUUAAUAGAGCAGUUGUGCCGAAUAGCCAUCAUACAUUCGGAUCAGUUACGGCAGAGGAUUUAGUUCAAAAGAUAAAGGAGAAUUUUGGUUUGGAUAUCGAUAAAUCAGCCAUUGAAUUUAGUAGUCAAGAAGAAGGAGGAGUAGGCCGUAUUAAAUAUUUAGGCCAACAUAAAGUCUUUAUUCAAGUUAACAGCAAAAGAGUAGAAAUUAAAGUCAACGUAAAGCCAGCAAACUAAAUCCUUUCUCCUUAUUAUUGUAGUAGUCGUCUCUUUCUCUCCUUUUUAUUAUCAUGCGACUAUAAAUAAAAUUGAUUUUUUAUAUUUUUUUUUUU